AUGACGUUCAACAACCUGACGCUGUACACCACGUCGGCGGUGCUGAUCCUGGACACGGAUGGCAACCGCGUGAUCGCCAAGUACUACCAGCCACCGCACGCGGCCAACUUUUUGUCGACGGCAACACCGGCGCAGCAAAAUGCAGUGACGGCGACGACGCCGCAGCUGUGCGCCAAGAAUACGCUUGCGACGCUCAAAGAGCAGCGAGCGUUCGAGAAGGCCAUCUUUGACAAGACGAAGCGUGCGACGGGCGACAUUAUCCUGUACGACUCGCAUCUGGUGCUGUUCAAGUCGUCGCUCGACGUCAUCUUUUACGUUGUGGGCCCGGCUGCAGAGAACGAGCUGAUGCUGUCGGGGCUGCUUAGCGCGUUUUACGAUGCGACGAGCAUGCUAGUGCGACACCAGGUGGAGAAGCGCGCCAUCUUGGAGAACCUGGAUCUGGUGACGCUCGCGCUCGACGAGACGGUCGACGACGGCAUCAUCCUCGAGACGGACAGCACGACGAUCGCCUCGCGCGUCUCGCGACCUCGACCGGACGUCAACGAGAUCCAGAUCAACGAGCAGACGAUCAUGAGCGCCUACUCGAGUCUCAAGGAACGAGUCGCGCAGAGGAUUCUCCAAGGCGGUCUGUGA